AAACAUUUUUCUUUUCAUUGAUGCCUCUUCUUCCAUAUCGCAGAAAAGUAGUGACCGGGGUACCGCCGUUGAGGUCAACGUUCUUACGUCAUAUCCGACCGGUCUUUUCUUAGUUUUAAUAUGGAACCAUUAGGCAAUUAUCAAUAAAAUGCUAGCAGGACCUCUUAGGAGAUGUAGAAAAAUUUGGCCGAUAUUAUUGUUUUUCAAAACAAUCAUUAUUAUAGUGAUAUGGAUUAAUGCCAACAAACAAACCGAAAUACAUCCGAAGCAUAUUUUUAGGGAAAACAAUCAAGAAGAAUACAUCGACAAAAACGGCAUUAAAGUAGUCAUAGGCCAUUAUGUUGGAAAUCCGGCUAAAAAAAUCCCUAAUGCCACUUAUGACAUGCUCAACACGAAUAACUUCCACCCUCAGCCUAAUGCCGGAAGAAAUGGCAAUCCUGUUGUUAUAGAAUCUAGAGAUUUACUUACAAUGCAACAGCUUUUUCAAAUAAACAGAUUCAAUUUGUUGGCCAGUGAUAAAAUUCCAUUGAACAGAUCAUUGCCAGAUUUCCGAAGGAAAAAAUGCGCCUUAAAAUACAACGACUCUUCAACUUACCCCAAAACAAGCGUAAUUAUAGUAUUUCAUAAUGAAGCCUGGUCCACACUUCUACGAACAGUUUGGAGCGUAAUAAACAGAUCUCCAAGUGAGCUACUUGAGGAAAUUAUUUUGGUGGAUGAUGCAAGUGAAAGAGAAUUCCUAAAAAAUCCUUUGGACGACUACAUAGCAUCACUACCAGUGAAAACUUUUGUAAUCCGCAGUCCGGAACGUAUAGGUCUAAUAAAGGCUCGUUUAAAAGGUGCCAAAAUAGCCAAGGGAGAAGUACUGACCUUUCUGGAUGCUCAUUGCGAGUGCACCAAAGGUUGGCUGGAAGCCUUAUUAUCUGUGAUAAAAAACGACAGAAAAACUGUAGUUUGUCCUGUGAUCGAUAUUAUUCACGACGAUUCGUUUGCUUACAUUAAAAGCUUCGAAUUGCAUUGGGGGGCUUUCAAUUGGAAUUUGCAGUUUAGGUGGUACAGUUUGGGCGGCAAAGAGAUGACUUUGAGGAAAAUUGAUGCCACACAACCGUUUCCAUCGCCUACAAUGGCUGGUGGAUUAUUUGCUAUUGAUAAGAGUUACUUUUUUGAAAUUGGUUCGUAUGAUGAAGGUAUGAAUAUUUGGGGCGGGGAGAAUUUGGAGAUGUCUUUCAGGGUGUGGCAAUGUGGAGGCAGAAUUGAAAUAGCUCCUUGUUCCCAUGUUGGUCACAUUUUUCGUAAAUCUUCACCCUACACAUUUCCUGGAGGCAUAAACAAAACCCUUUUUGCUAAUCUGGCCAGGGUAGCUUUAGUUUGGAUGGACGAAUGGGCAAAUUUGUAUUUCAAAUUCAAUGAAAAAGCAAGAGAAAUGAGGGAUAGUCAAAAUGUGACUUCUAGAUUAGAAUUACGAAAACGACUUCAAUGUAAGAAUUUCGAAUGGUAUUUGGAUAAUGUGUGGCCGCAGCAUUUUUUUCCAAAAGAGGACAGAUUUUUUGGACAAAUAAAAAAUAUCGGCGAAGAUUUAUGCUUGUUGAAGCCUGAGAGAAAGGGGCUUUCGAAUCAGCCAAUGGGACUGGCUACAAUUGACAGGUGCCUAAAUGAUGAUAUUGAAGAUGAACUAUUCGUAAUGACAAAAGAAGGUUUCAUCAUGACUGACGAUUCUAUUUGUUUAGAUGCGCCAGAGCGAGAAGGGCUGGGCCCUUCAAAAGUGAGGAUUAUGGCUUGUAGCGCUUAUUCUAGACAGAAAUGGGUUUACAAUGAAAAGACACAAGAACUGCGACAUCUCACCAACCAGAAAUGUCUGGACGUCUACAAUUCGGAUUCUUUAGAGGGUGGACUGAUAAUCAAAAAAUGUAAUGGUGCCAACAGUCAGAAAUGGUUAUUGAAACGUGUUUCUUGGAAAUAAAUGACAAUUGUUGAUCAUACAUAGAAAUUUGAGAAUAUUUUUUAACUUUUUUAUUAAAAUUUGUGUAAUUUCAAUA